UUAUUUGUUACUCUUUCUCAGGCCUGGAGGAUGGCAGUAUCCCAUUUGGACCAGUAGAAGGUGGUGAGGGCCACUCUGCCUAUGGUGGGAGGGUCAUAACAGUCAAGUGGGGUGAGCACAUUAGAAGGAUUGGUAUUGAUGGAACUGCAGAUGCAAUCAAGGAGGCAAUCAGGAACAUGCCUUUGGGAAAUUACACUCUUCACCUUGAUGAAGGAAUCUCAAUAAAAGUAUGCCUCUAUGAUGAUUCUGACCGAAUGGCUGUUCGAACUGAAGACAAAACACUGUCUACUGAAGAUGAAUUUCGGGAUUUUCUCUCACGUAAUGGCUUUACAGGUAUGAUCUCUGUAGCAGCUAGAAAAGUCUGGGAAAUUGGAAGAGUAAUUCCUUUACGUACAAUGAGUUGUGUGGAUAAGAAAGUGGCAGUUUCUAACCUUCAAGAACUGAUUAUACGUUGUUUGUGUUCAAGAACAGUGUUUUUGGCUUUAUGUUCUCUGUUUGUUUGACGAUGAUUGUAGCUUCAUGGGCAGUAGCUGCACUUAUGCUAAUAUUACAUUGGAGAAUAUAGAAAUAGAGAGAAAAUAGAUGCAGAUUUGGAUCAACAGAGGGAGGAGAAGCAACAAGGGCAGUGGCGGCAGAACAGUGAAGCUGGCAAUGCAUGGAAGCAGAGUGCUUGAACAGUGAAUGGUUAACAACAACUCAGAUCUGGAUCACUGAGGUUUGAAUGAUUGAAAUAGAUGUCGGUGGAUGGCGGUUGAGGAAGUGCCAGCGAAGGUGGUGACAAGAGGCAGCAACUGAGAAGAGAACAGAGAAUGAGAGACCGUACAGAGAGUUGUACAGAGAGUUGUGGAGAGGAGAAAAUAUUAUAGGGCUUUUAAAGGUUUUGAGAUUGACCAUUUACAACAAUUUUUUUUUUUUAAAAUAUUUUUAUUCUUCUAAAAUUAAAAAAAAAAA